AUGCCACUGUCGCAAUCCUCGGCCGCUGAGUGCGGCGUGAAGGCGCAGUCCUCAUGCGAAUGCCGCGCUGCGGCUGCAUGCGACUCCGGCGUGUGUUGCCAGACGACAGGAAACACCUCCUCUGUCUCCUCGACUGCCGCGUCUUCCAAUGUACCCAAGGUUUUCGGGUCCACAUACACCACAGAGUCGAGCCGCCCGCCGGCGCUGGCGACGGAUGCCGUGUUGGUGGUGUCGGCACCGCCCCCGGACGACGCGCUCGUGGCGAAGGGCGUGGAUUUCGAGAAAUGCCGGGACCUCGACUCGCUGCUGGACAGCUUUGAACAUAGCGGCUUUCAGGCGACUCAGCUCGGCCGCGCGAUCCGCGAAGUGAAGCGCAUGCUGGCCUGGAGGCUCUCCGACGAACCGAUCGCGGAAGACGACAUUGGCACGGAAUGGGAGGACAUGGAGAAGCGGAAAAACACCAAAUGCACUAUUUGGAUGUCUUUCACCUCCAACAUGAUCUCUUCUGGCCUGCGCGAGGUCUUCCGGUUCCUGUGCAAGCACAAACUGAUCGACGUCCUGGUCACCUCGGCGGGCGGCGUUGAAGAGGACUUCGUGAAGUGCCUCGCGCCGACGCUCGUGGGCGACUUUCAUCUGAAGGGCCACGACCUCAGGGAGAAGGGCUGGAACCGCGUUGGAAACCUCCUCGUCCCGAACUCGAACUACUGCCUCUUUGAGGACUGGAUCCAGCCGAUCCUUGAUAAAAUGGUGCAGGAGCAGAACGCGAAGAUCCGGCAAAACAUGGGCUCCCCCGACUUCUGCACGAGUGACGCCGUAUGGACACCAUCUGCCAUGAUCAAGCGCUUCGGAGAAGAGAUCAACAAUGAGGAUAGCGUCUUCUACUGGUGUGCGAAGAACAACAUCCCGGUCUUCUGCCCUGGUCUCACCGACGGCUCGCUGGGCGACAACCUGUACUUCCACAGCUACCGCAAAAGAGGGCUGAUCGUCGAUAUUGUUAAAGAUAUCCGAAGCAUCAACGACAUUGCGACAAAAUGCAGGAAAUCAGGCAUGAUCAUUCUCGGUGGCGGACUGCCGAAGCACCACACGUGCAACGCCAACCUCAUGAGAAACGGCGCAGACUUCGCUGUCUACAUCAACACUGGAUCCGAGUUCGACGGCAGCGACUCUGGCGCCCGCCCCGACGAGGCCGUCAGCUGGGGCAAAAUCACGACCGAAGCCAAGCCCGUGAAAGUUCACGGUGACGCCACGGUCUUCUUCCCCCUCGUCGUCGGCGCCACCUUCGCGAAGGAGUUCCACGAGCAGAAGAAAAAGAACUGA